CAAUGACGAUGCAGAUGCCUUAGCGGUGCAGUUUGUCGCUAAUAAGCUUCGAGUACGCAUCUGCGCUCGUGCCCAAGAAAAUAUUGUUUACGAGUGUACUGUGUUAAUAUAAAUCAGCUAUGCAGUGUAUUGUAUAAAUAGUGAAUAUAUAAACAAUCAACGAAGAAGCACAGGCGAAUAUAAAGCUUUUAAAUAUCAGCAAGCAUGCUUGAUAAAUACUGCCGCAAACAUACCAUACGCAAAAUAUACUCAACGUUUACAGCCUAAUGAAAAAUAUUGUUAUACUUUGUAUGUAUCGACUUCAACUAUAUCAUCAGAUUAAAACCUGAACGGAAGUAUUUCGUAGUUCGGCCAAUGUCGCAUGCUUGUUUCCAACAUAUUUUUAGACUGCUCUCUCGAGGAACAUCCCGUGGCCAUCAGACAAUCUGUUAGACAAUAAUGACGCUUCGUGCACGUGUCAUUAAUGCAUAGACGCACAAAUUGCACAAAUGAUGUAUCUUUAUAUCGGUCAUGGGUUCGUUAAAUAAAAUGUUGAAGAUUAACCUUAUUGCAAAACUUAACUAAUUUUAGAAACCUUAAAAUUCUCCAUAUAAAUAGAUAUUUUAUAGAAAUAGUAAGCCUGCAGCGUUCUCGCCGUCAUUUAGCGCACUUGCUGCAGACAUUGCGUCCGCAGAGGUGGUUUAUGUGGUUAUUUAUAGUCACAAUUACGUACUGAUUAAAUAAUUAUAAAAUGGAGAAGUAUUUUCCAUUUUCUGAAUAUUUGUUGUUACAGAAACAUUCAUAUCACUUAUCUUUCAAUUAUUAAAAUCAUCGUAACACACGUUAUAUAAAAAUAUGGAAUAAUUUAGGCAUAUAUAUUUUUUACAGUUUUUUAUAAAAAUAUCGUAUUUACGUGUACGAUAUUUUUUCGAUCAGAUUUAUAGAGAAUUAUGCUUAAAACAAUUCUUUAACAGAUUGAAGAGUUACGUGCAAACAGCAGAGAAUUAAAACUGUUUCUAGAUCAUACUUGAAUUCUAGGCGUUAACAUAUCAACUAUAGUAUCUCGUAGCCCAGCACUUCGGUCGAGUGUUACAAACCUCCAAUAAAUUGUAUGUUUACUCAGACGGCAGUUAUUUCAAUGUCUAAAGUUAUAUUUAACGGCAGUGCAUUUUGGCGUACCUCCCAAAACUAUAUACCCGACAUUAUUUAUGGUGCAUAGUCCGAAAAACUAUGAAGCCGACGGCCGACACUUCACAACUUUAUCAUAACAAUGAUUUUUUACAAAAUAAAUCCUUUUUUUCUGGUUUUUACUGAGGUAUACAUAUAAGUAUACAAUGGAUUUGAAAUUGGUGAACUUUUUGUUGAUCAAAACAUUGUGGAUAAAUUGUUCACUAAAUCAUUUGUGUUAAUUUAAUACAAUAUUUUACUGUAUUACAUUUUGGUUACACCGUGCUUGAGGGUCCCAAGAGAAGAGUUUACAUUAACAAUGAAAAGAAGGAAAUUGUUAUUUUUACGGCAAAGUUACUUUGUUUUGGAUUAAACAUUUAUUACAAAAUGUAUGAGUACUAAAUGAAUGAAGGAUGACAGUGACAUAUCAAUAUCAAGUUGCCAAUUCCACAAGUGGUGGAUUCACCAGGCUCCUUUUUAUGUGGAGGGGUUCACUUUAUAAACUUAUCUAUAGGGAACUUCUAAUAUUUCUACUUAUUUUUGCUACACUUUCUGCCAUUUAUCGACAUCUACUUAAUGCUACACAAAAGAAAGACUUUGAGCAAAUUGUUAUUUAUUGUGACAAAUUUAUUAAUUUAAUUCCAUUAAGUUUUGUUCUUGGAUUCUACGUAUCUUAUGUUGCUCAGAGAUGGUGGCAACAGUACCAGGCUAUACCUUGGCCUGAUAAGGUAAUGCAUUCAAUUGCGUUACAUAUUGCGGGAAAUGAUGAUUAUGCUCGUACGCUGCGGAGAGCAUUAAUGCGAUAUUUAAAUCUUUCCUUAACACUCGUUUUAAGAUCAAUUAGUUCUGCCGUGAAGAAACGAUUUCCAACACUUGAACAUGUUGUUGAUUCUGGAUUUAUGACAUCAUUAGAGCUGGAAUUGUUUCUUGCAGUGCCAAGUGUUGAGUUCAAUACUUAUUGGAUUCCAUGUACAUGGUUUAUUAAUCUUCUAAAAGAAGCGCGUGAAAAAGAAAGAAUUCCUGAUCCUCAAGGAUUAAAAUUAAUUAUGGAGGAAUUUAAUGAAUUUCGUACAAAAUGCGGGCUCCUAUGGAGUUACGAUUGGAUAUCUAUUCCAUUAGUGUAUACACAAGUAGUGACAUUAGCAACAUAUAGUUUCUUUGGUGUUGCGUUGAUAGGUCGGCAAUAUAUAGAAAGUAAAGAAAAACAGUUCCAACUACAAAUAGACAUCUACAUACCUGUUUUCACGAUCCUACAAUUCUUCUUCUUCAUGGGAUUAUUAAAGGUAGCAGAACAAUUAAUUAAUCCAUUUGGAGAUGAUGAUGAAGAUUUUGAGUUGAAUUGGAUUAUUGAUCGCCACAUAAAGGUAUCGUAUCUUGGAGUAGAUAUUCUUAUGAAUCGGUGUCCACCGUUAGUCAAAGAUAUUUACUAUGAUGCUGAAAAUUUAAUUCUACCAUAUACAGAAGCGGCAGCAGCUUACAAAAAGAAAACAUAUCGUGGUAGUGUUGCCCACAUGACAGUUCCAGAAGAAAAGCAAACAAUGUUUUUACCAGAUGUUAUAGAAGAAGAUGAAGAAGAAACAAAACAAUCAUUACACAUGUCAAGUAUGAGUCUGGCCACUCAUGCUAAUAAUAGUCCAACAUGUGAAAGACGCCAGAUCAACUUGCACCCUGAAACACCUACGAAGACUAAUCAAAGCUGUCCUGAAACAGUUUUACAAUUUGAUAUUCAAGAACCGUCGCCACAGAUCGAUCAAAUGGAACAGCCACCAAAAGUUUUUACAGAAGUUACAAAAAAAUUCCCGUCAUUAGGAAAAUAUUCAACUUUGCGGUUCGAUCCAAAUCGAAAACCAUUUUAUACUAUAACAAAAAGUCCAAAAACUCUUAUUCAGUCACCAUCAAGUACGUUUAACUUAUCACAUCCUACAAGACAAAUCAUAGAUACGCCUAUAGUAUACGCUGGUGAUAUUAAUCCAUGGAAAGAAUAUUCAGAAGCCUCUAAUCUGCCUAUGUUUGAAGUAGUAACUCCAGAUCAAUCCCCAGAAAUAGAGAAACAAUGUGACCCCGAAAAAUUCUUUGACAAUUACAAAGCCAAUACAGAAGAUAGUCCCCAUGCAGCUACAAGUCAAAGCUUGGGCCAUUCUAUGUCUCAUUUACAAUUGCCAGACACAAAUAUAUCUGCAAUAUCCAAAACAGCAUUAAAGACUAGAAGUCCAAGAUAUGUUAUAAGGAGGCAUAGAUCUAUGGAAGCCCCCCAAAAACAACAUAUUCAAUGGACACAAAUGAUGAGAACACAGCGGAGAAGAAUAACUGAUGACAUACCACCUGUUGAAGUAAUAAUGCUCGAAACAAAGAGCUCUCCAAAUUUAAAUCAAUUAGAUAGCAAUUUAAAGGAUCCAACGAAAAACACAGAUGAUGCAAUGAAUUCUUCCUAAUAAGGGAAGUGGGUCUAACAAUUUGAAAUGCGUUAUUAUCAAAAUCAAAUUGUUAUAAUAAAAGAUAGAAAUGUACUACCUUUUGUUAUUUAGUAAAAAUAUAAAUUCAUGAAUA